AUGAGGCUGGCAGAGAGUCGAGCCCUCCAGCAGGAGCAGCAGCAGCAGCAGGAGGAUCAGUGGGAUGGGACGGACCGGACAGGGGGUCGCUCUUCGGGUCGGCAGGCGGGCGAUGAGAUGCAACUGGGGGAAAAGAAAAGAAGACGAAGAAGGAAGAAGAAACGACGUCCCGGGUCCGAUGACUGCAUGGAAACACGAUGCGAUGCGCAGAUCAGUUGCAAGAAGAAGGCGAGAAGAGAGGGAAAAGACGACGACGACGACGGGAGGAGAGACGAGAUAUACCCGUUUGACCGUCGCAGGGCAUAUGCAUGA